AUGCGAUUGGUUGGAUCCACACUACCACGGGUCGACGCGGUCGUGGCUGUCGCUGCAGACCAGCGCAUGUCAGUCGCUCCAGCUCGCGCGGCGGCGGAUGAAGUUGCGACCGAGCUCAGGCUCGCCGCGGCGUCGGAGGACGCCACCUCCAACGACGAGGGCGACUGGAUCGAGCUGCUUCGCUGGCAGCGAAAGAAGGGCGGCCAAUUCACCGAUCACGACUUCCCUGCCGACGACGCCUCUCUUGGCGAAGACGUCCUUCGGGCGGGAAAAGUGAGCUCGUGGCGGCGUGUGUCCGACAUUUUUGGUCCGACAACCGAGUACGUCGAGCUCGCCUUCUACGACGAUGACGAGCGCAAGCUGUGCGGCGGCGAUCCCAACCUGAGCCAGCGCGGCUUUGAGGGCUCCAAGGGCGAGCCGGCCGACGAGGCGGACGAGUUCAAGGGGCACGUGACGCGAAUCGUCAUGCAGGCCGUGACCGGCGAGGCGGUGGCGCCAUCGAAGCCUGAACGCCGCAUGAGCCUCGUCUCGAGCGGCCAGGCGCGGCAGCUCCCCAGGCCGAGCCUUCCCACGGCCGAGCUCGCCGCCACAGAGGGGAUGGGUGAGUGGCUGCAAAAGUGGGCGUCCCAGACGCGCGCCAAGCACGGCGGCUGCGACAUCGAGAAGAUCGAGGUGCGGCCGAGUUGGGACCGGAGGCCGGGCUACGUCCCCAGGGUCACCUGCCGGUGCGCCAUCCACUUUGCGGCCUACCACAUCGCGCUCUUCCAGCGCGGCGAGGACGGCACGUUCGUCGACCCGGCAGAUGUCGAGCAGGGCGAGCUGGGCGACUGCUACCUGCUGGGCGCGCUCUCGACGCUGGGCAUUCGCGAGGAGCGCAUCCUCGACGUCUUCCCCGACCUGCCGCAGGACCGCACUUAUGCUAUGCAACAACUAUGCUAG